AAAAGAAAGACACGGGGUGGAGGAAAGAGGAAAGACAAGAGGAACAGGAAGAGGGUUUCCUUUUCCUUCCUGGACUCCUUUUUUAGCCCCUCAAGUGGAAUUUUGAGAUAAGCAACAUGAGUUUUGGAGUCCUUUGCCUCCUGUCUGUGCUCCUCUUUCUUUCUGGGGCUCCUUUCCUCUGUCCCAGAGGCUGAACCUUAUCCCACCCCCAGCCUGUCAUACUCCCUAAGCGCCCUCUGCUCCACAAAAUGACCCGCACCCAUCCCCCAUCACAUGCCCAUCACACCCUCAGCUCCCAUGUACAGCUGAGGGCAGCUCAGGGUUUGAAGUAAAGAAGCUGAGUGGACUAAUGAUUUCCUUCUCGGGUACCUUGACCCUCUGGGAAGUGUUUGCACUUAAAAGACCUGUUGGGACCCAUACACGCGAGUUGCUAACUGGUGGAAUGUCGAGCAGAUGAAGAAAGUGAAAUUUGGCACCAGGCUGAGGGAGGAAGAUCGUUUCUGGCACCCAGGGGAGAAUGUUCUGCUCUUCACAGUAUCUUCUGUUCCUCUACUUCAGAUCCUCAGACUCUCUAAAUAUUCUGGUCUUUGCCCACAUGCGUGGGGGCAGCAGGGUCUCUGGUGGGUGGGAGAGGAAGGGCAGAGGCUGUUUCUGGGUGCGGUUUGCCUGUUAAUGCGUUGGAUGCUCCCUUGACAGACGCUGGUCUUGGGAUGGAGGAAGGAGGGCUGGAACAAGGGUUGGGGAGGUCAGGAGAGCCUCACGAUGGGCGGCCUGGAAAGUGACUUGGGAUGGUGAGAAGUUUGGAGCCCAGGUGUGGUGGGUCACAGCAGCUUUUAAGAGCCACCGAUUUGCCAGGGAUCCUGGCUGGUCGAUGGGAUAAGAGAACCUGGGGUCAAAGCUCUGAGGGAGCUUGUCCAGAAAUGCAGAGCUGGGUGAGGAAUACCAGUGGAAACGCUGCUAUGUGGAGGGUGGGGAAGAGAGUUAAGAUACUCACACCGAUAAUAACAACGCCGAGGGGACUAACACGAGGAGGUGGGAAGUCUGGGCCCUUGGUAGGGAGACGCGACCAGACUGAGUUGAAACCCUUGUGCAGCAGCUGAAGGGGCCACAGCACAUGCUGUCUGGUUAUUGACACUGUCUCCUUGCUUUUGCUCAUAUGUCUCUGUUCAUAUGACCUUCUACACGUCUUUGUUCAUUAUCAUUAUCUUUGUGCACAUGUGAUGCGUGUGGAUGUUUCCUUACCAUAGUUUCUGAAAAAAGGAAUUAGUACAUCAAAGAACAUAUGCAUACAAACUUUGGAAAGACUCUGGAACCAUUUUUUAAUGAAAAGUCCCAUCUGAUGAGAGUGGGGAGAAACAGCAUUGUCCCAUCUAUGUCACCAGUGGGACUGAAAGAUGUGGCACCUCUUCUGGAGAGGAAUCUAGCAAUGUUCUUGAAAAUUUUGCUUUCUCGGUGCCCAUCUAGCAUAGCCAUUUGGAGGUUUUUCUAAGGAAAUAAUCAGACAAAAAGGGAAAGAGUAGACUCCAGGCAGCAGUGAAUAUAGUAGUGAAAAAUUGGGGGAAAAUCCCAAAGUGGUAUUCGGGAUUGAGUAAGUAAAAUAUGGCAGGCACAUCCACACAGUAGAACUCAUUACAAAUUACACUGUAGGCGCAUUUGUGAACACAGACACUCUUCGUAGCGCACGCUACAGAAGCAGGUUACAGACGCCAACAUGGAAGCUCCACGGAUGCUGCGGGUUUGCUCCCCGUGCUCGGCUCUGGGCUCCCAUUUACCUUCUGAGCCGAGGUCGGUCGAGGGUUCUGCUGGUUCCUUGUGCUUCUCUAUGGGCUGUGUCAGCCUCUGCCGGUGAGGAAUGACGGCUGGGUGGGGUGUCUGUCUCCUCAGUCUCCUUGGCCCCCUUUCCUGCCGCCACUCUGAGGGUUUUUGGGGAAAUGGGGCCGCCUCUCCCUAGGAGUUCGCAGCACCAAUAUGGACUCUCCGCUGUUACAUCCGUGUGGACUUUUGGGACCUGGGGUGGGGUGGGCUGGGUCUUCAGGCUCAGAACAGCAUCUUGGACAAGGUGUCUGGGCUCGACUCCUGGGAGGCUGUGCACCGUGACACUUCCACUGUUUUCUCCUUGCUAGAGUUGAAGGGCACUUGACGGUCAGAAUUUUAUCCCUAUGUUCUUAUCUCUUUAGUAACUUUUCUGACCAUAGAAUUGGAAUCAAGUCUACCCUCCCCCAUCCUUUUUUUGCUUCUGAGAAUGUCUUGAAAUUUUUCUCUGAACUCUAAGGAAACUGACAGCAUCUAGUGCCUCGUGUCUCAGGGUCGGAGAAUCUCUCAGACUCUCUGAGCCUCGGGUGGUGCUGGUUCUGGACCAGCAGGAGGGUGGUGGAGACGUAAGACUGAUGCCUGAACAAAGAGCAGGAGGGUGUAGUGGCUGUGGGUGGACCCCACUUGCAUUCCUUUCCACUGCGGGGAGGGUGGGCUGUGACAAGGCAAAUGUCGGCCAGCUCGACUCACUGACCUUUGGGCGUCUCAUCUUCCUCUGGUCGACAGCUUAGUGAUGAGAUAAAGGUGGAUCAGCCAUGGGGCGGUUUCAUCCUGGCCUGGAUCACAACCUUGGACCCUCCUCACAGUGAACAAAGCACAUGGCAGACUGACAGGAAGCAGGAGUUCCUUUGUUAUAGAAAAAUGUUUAUUGCAAAGACUAGUGGUUAAUAUAUUUGAUUGAAUUAAAAGUGAUAGUAAUAGCGUUAAUACCCGUUCCUAUUUGUUGCAACCUAGUAUCCACCAGCUCCUAGAGCUUACAUCCGUGUGUUGUGUACUAUACAUCAUGUGUUACAGGUGACAUGCUAUGUGUGUUAUACUUUAUAUUAUUGCACCUCACAUGUUAUACAUUAUGGUCAGGAGGAGGCCAGCAAUGGUGUUCCUAGUGCCUGAGCCUUCCUUCACUGCCAGCCCAAGCCCAAAUGUUGACUGUUUUUUUUCUUUUCCUUCUGGCAAUGGGUAAGCAGGACUCUAGCGGUCAAGUUUCUGAUGAUCCUUCAGGGUUUUGUGUCUUUAGGAGGAGAGUCAAGAGAGUGGCCUUGCCCUGGUUGGGGGAGACCCUCUGGGCCAGAGCCAAGGCCACGGAGCAGGCAGGAGUCGUGUGUGAGCAGGCAGCGGGUGGGGACAGCACUGCUGGGAGCCGGCUUUGCUGAGACCUGCCCGGUGCGGCCAGGUGGUCGGUGGCCAGUUGACAAGAGCGAGGGGUGGUCCCAGGAGCAGCAGCCCGAGCUGGGGGAGCCUGCUCCUCCUUGCGGGAGCUGGAAGUUGGGGGACGUUUUAAGGACCCAUUUUAGUGACUGAGAUUCUCUCUCUCAGUGGAGAGACGCACAGAUUCCUCAGGGCUCCAUGAGAUGCUGGAUGGCAGAAUUAGGAUCCAGAAACAUCUGGAUGGGCUUGAAUGCAGCUGCGUCGCUGCCAGAACAGGGGCCCUGGCCAAGCAGCCAGCCUCCCGGGAGAGCAGUCCUUGAGGACAGACAGGGAGCCUGGGGAAGGAUCCUACAAGACAGGAGAGGAAAGCUUCCAGCAGGAAGACCUGCGACUCAAAGCCUGGCCCACGGCUGUUUUGGGGGCACCGCACCUGGGCUUGCUCUUGGUUGCCAGCAAACGCUCGUUUCUCAGCCUCCUCGCCCUCUACCCAAAUCCCUGCCCUCUUUGUUCUCCACAUCACCCGGGGACUCCUUUCCACCCAGAUGGGCCCUGGGUCCUCCUCGGCCUCCUCCUCGGCCUGUCACCAGCAUCAAAGGCGAUGCUCUAGGCGCCUUCGUUCCCAGAAUCCUCUGCCAUCCUUCGCUCCGCCGCCAGAGGAGCCUCCAACACGGAAGCCUGGGCGUUCGUCCCCUGUCCCCCACCGCGGCCCUAAGGGCCCCGACCACAGCCCCAGCCACCGCGGGCUAAACACCGGCCCCGCCGGUGACCCUGCGCCCAGCCUGUCGCUCCCGCCGCUCACCCGCCGACACGCACCACAGUCCAGCUGCUCCGUGAUUUCUGUUCACACGUAUCAACCAGAAAGAGGAAAAACAGCUGUUUUCCGGGGAUGCCAAUUAGCGAGCGGCGUGUUCAUCGUCAGCCGUGGGAGGACUGUCAGCGACAGCGCGCGCGCGCCCGGGCGGAAGGAACAGCGUCCACUGUGUCCGUCCGGCCCCGCAAGCUGCGUGUCCUCUACGCGAGCUGUGCUGAGGCCCUACUGGGUGUGGGGUCCCGAGUCCAGAGCCGAGGGGUGCCAGGCCGGGUGCCCGUCUUCCUGGGAAGGCCCCCGCGCACCUCCUCGGACACCGCGCACGGGCCUGCUGACCGCGUGGACCCGUCGCCCUUGCAAGCCUUCCACACGGGGUUCCAGCCCGGACACCAGCUGGCGUCUCCUGGCCCUGGGGGUCUGCAGGGAGUGGCUCACACCCCUGUUCCAGGCAGACCCUCGAGGAAGGAUGCGUGGAAUCUCAACUCUCUCCAGAUGGCUGAGCUCCCCGGCGGCCUCCACUCCCGCAGACCCCUCCGGAUCCAGCCUCCCGCGUCCGCCGGGUCGCUGCUCCCUGCGCUGUGUCCACGGCCCUUCCUCAUCUCCACCAGCCCCCACAGAGCAGACUCCACCUCUAUCCCUCCCGGGAAGCCGGCGCUUUGGCGGAACUUCUGCGUGCAGGUCGGGGCCAUCAAGGAGCUCCCGCCGUGGGGCUGAGCGCCGCGCCUCCCGACCUCCUGUUAUCACAGGCCUUCGGGCCAAACUCCUGGGGGGCUUCCCGCUGGCCCCGCACCCCGCGGGGCCCUCAGCUCUGCAUUUUGCCGAUUCUCCUCUCUCCUCUCUCCCCAUCUUCUCUUUCCAAACUCGGCUCCGGGCGUCGCCGGAAGGUGCGCAGCGGAACCGAAGGGUCUUAGCAGGAUAGGGUGCCGCUGCCUUAGAAGGUCAGUGUGGUUAUCGACCCCGAAGGAGCCUCCUUCCUUUACAAAAUCAAGUUUAAUGAGGCAGAAAUGCCCCACCUGGGUGUCGAUGGGGAGCAGCAGCUGCACCGGCCGCCUUGGGCGUCUCCCCACAACUUCGGAGGGCAGGAGGGUGCCCCGUCUCCCGCCUCUGGGCUCCUCAGCUGGCUGCCGAGGUGCCCGCCCUCAGGUCUGCCCUCCAUGUUCACAGAAGCACCUUCUUUUUAAGUUAACAGACUCCAUUUUUGAGAACAGAACAGUGUUGGAUUUUCCACUUCUGAGCGGUAGUAUGGAGAGUUCCUGUACUGCCUCCUCUCGCCCCACAACGUUUCUCCUGUUGUUAUCAUCUUAGUACCAGGACGGCACAUUGCUAGAACUAAGGGAAAAGCGUGGGUACAGUGGUACUGACUGAAGUCCAGUCUAUUCAGAUCCUCAGUUUCCCCUAAUGUCCUUUUUCUGUCCAGGACCCCAUGUGACAUUUAGUUGUUGUGCCCCUUAGGCCCCCUUGCUGUCACGGUUUCUCAGACUGGGCCUGGUUUUGGUGAGACCUUGACGUUUUGAGGAGUUCCGGCUGUGUGCUUUCUAGGACGCUCUCUCCUGGGAUCUCUCUGCUGUGUUCCUGGUGAGUGGACAGGGGCUCUGGGUUCUGAGAGGAGAAAGGGGCCGAGCGCCAUGGCCAUCCUCUCCCGUCACCAUUGACGGUGUGUGCUCUGGCCGUGACCUGCGACGGCUGGUGUCGCCUGGGAGGCAGGGCCCUGCCUUCUCCGUGGCAGAGUCGCUCUUUUCUGCCCCUCUUUCCAUUCCGUGCUCCCCUGAAGGAGCCACUGUGCGCGGCCCACACUCAUGGGGAGGGGGCCUCACACCACCUCCUUGGGUGCAGAAUCCACAAGAAUCAUCUGGAAUUCUUCCAUGGGGGAGAUUUGUCUCCUCCCUCUCAUUUAUUAACUUAGUCCUUUGUACUAGUCUGGACUCACGGAUAUUCAUUUUAUGCUCUGGGCUAUAAUUGUAUUUGUUUUGUUGCUCAAAUUGUCCCAGUUUUGGCAGUAGGGGGCUCUUCCCAUUGGUUUUGUGGCCCUUUGACACACCCCAUCUGUGUGUGUGUGCAUGUAUGUGCACGUGCGUGCAUGUGUCUGCGAGUGCGUGUCUGUGUGUGCAUGCAUGUGUGACACACAUGUGCGUUUAAUCACUUUCCCACUUUGUGGCGCUACGAGGCGCUCUCUUCUCUUCAUCCCCGCUCUUGGCUCUUGGCUCUUCUUGGUCUUCUUCUCAACUCUUUGUUUUCACGAAGUGAAGUAAACGCCUUGACUGCCGAGGCCGAGUGUGCAGCCCCUUCCUGGUGACCCAGAGGCGCCAUGUUCUCUCGGCUGCACAGGCAGGUGUCAUCCGGCCACCGCAGGCGCCUUCAAGUAGACAUCAUCGUUCUUGUUCUAGAGGGACUCCGGGAUGGUGAGGAAUUGGGUCAGAACCACGCGGAGGAGCAGGACCCGAACCCAGGCGCUCCCUGCGCGAUGUGGUCACCUCGCCUUCCAGGAUAAGCUUCCGGAGCCUCUGCUUGGAGCAAGGGCUGUGGCAGCACCUCUCUGAGGAGGGGACAGGCCUCCACGUCCCCACACGUCCCCGUCUGAAGCCCCCGUGUGGCUCCCUGGCGCUGCCUCUUCCCGGCGCCGUCCACCCUGCAGCUCUGCUUGGGCUUUGGGAGGCACCUGCCCCACACGGUGGGAACGGCGCUGUGCGCGGGUUCCGCCACCACGAGCCGAGCCCCAUGAGCCUCUGAGAUCCGCUCCCGGUGCUGAACGUCGUCUGCCGCGAGGGGGGAGAGUGGCUGGCGUUGGGUCAAGUCCACCCACCGCGGACGGCUUUGGUGGAUUUUCAGUGGCAUUCAACAAAUGAGGGGAAAAAUAACAUAAACCUAAACCACUGUUUUUAUGAGAGGGCGCACACUGUGCUCUCAGAUCAGCAGGAGCAGGGCCCGCUCUGGGUCCUAACUGAGCACCCAUCACGGUGAGCCCCGUGUGCUCGCACGGCUGGAACUCGUCACUCUGCCUCAGCAUCUUGGUCCACAGGAGACAAUAGGGGCCCAGAGCUUAGUGAGUGCAGAGUCGGGACUCGAGCCUCCGUCUGACCAGCUCCAGCAUCCGCGUUCUGACCAUGGGAUUAAACUCCCUCGGGUCUGACCCAGGAACCAGAGGACCUGGAACCCAAUUCCACGUUUGUCACUCACUGGCUGGGCCGCCUGAGGAAGCUGCUGUCCAUCCCUGACCUCUGAUGCACUGAGUCAGAUGGAGCUAAUUCUAGUGCUUGCCUGCCAGGGUUUUCUGAGGAAAUGUAUGUGAAAGUGACGUGCCCCCUGCAGAACUGAGGAGAGAACCUCCCGGAUGCCGCUCUCCUGUGCUCUCCUGCUUUUUGACCACUUCAUGCUCACGAGAGGAGCUUGUGCGUGUUCCCUGCAAGGACAGCCACACUUCGUCGUGGGACCUGCUGCAUGUCCCCAGCUCUGUGUUGACUCUGAGAUGUGCAGGCCCAGAGCCGAUGGAGCGAGGGCCCCACCACCUGACUGGUAAAGCCUCCCCCUAGAUGAGACUCUCCGGACUCAUCUUUCCCUGAACCGGACGUGAGGCUGGGACACGGCCACGCAGCCCCCAAACCCGCCGUCUCCUUGGUCACUCCUUACUUCCCUCCAGCCGCCCCUCACUCUCCAGGCUGUGGGCGUCCUCCUUUCGGCAGCCUGUGCGUCCACCCCGUCUCCAGUGCGGGCAGGUCUGAGCUCAGCCUCUCCCUCCUGCCGCUCCCCAGCCCGCUGCCUGAUGGCCAGGCACUGCCCCCAAGCUGUUCUUCACCAGCCACGCAGGUCUUCGGCCCCUUCUGGCUUAGAGUCCACCAGGGCUCAAGCGUCCCACUCCUUGCAGGGCCCCGUGAUCAGGGUGGCGACCUUUCCCGCCAGUCCUGUCCAGCUCCCCUCGCACCACUGCCCCACGGGCAGGCAAUGCACGCUGAGUGCCCUCUCUGCUCCCCGAUCCAUCCUUGGGAACCCAGUCUGGGCAACCUCUUCCAGGAAGCCUCUGAGUCCAUCAGUCGGUGGGGGAUUUCUCCGAGGACCCGCAGCGCCUGCCUGUGCCUUUCACUUCCCUCCUCGGAGUGCAGCCUCGGCGUGUCUGACGCGGGGUAGAAGGACCGCGCUCAGUGCACGCGGUGGACACCCUGGUCAGAUGCACUGGUGGGCGUGGUGGACUAUCCAGGGUCAGAUGCGCCAGGACACACAGUGGACAUCCCCGGGUCAGACGCGCCAGUGCACGUGGUGGAUGACCCAGGGCCAGAUGCUGCGCUGACGUGUGAGUCAUUCUGAGGUCGUUGGGCAGCUGGUUGACCCCACUCUGCUCCUCCUGCGGCCAGGCUCCGCUCCCCCUAGUGCUCCCAGGGCUGCCUAAGUGCUCCACGCCCUCUGGGGGGGUGGAGGAGGGGCCAUCAACCCUCCCCCUGCGGGUGGCCCUGCGAGGCUAGCGAGGCGGGGGUGGGGGGGGCCGGUGACGGCGACAGGAAGCAGUGCCCACAGUGAGGGCUCCCUGUUGGCCCGGUGGAGUCAGAGCCGUCUCCCGUCCCCCCCCUACCCCCCCCCCCACCCCUGCCUGCUUAGGGGAGGUCCAUCCUGCCUCCGGCCAAGACAGAAGCAGAAGACAGCAGCUCGAGCUCUGCUCCCUCCCCUGAGGUGGGACACCAUCAGAGGCCACUGCGCACCCCGCAUCUCAGAAAUGUCAGGUUUGCUCAAAAUGCGACAGAGCGAGGCCACCUGUCCCCUGCGCCUGAAGCUGCAGUCAUACCGCGCACGGCCGAGGGUUUGUGCCCUGCUGUGGAGGAGCGGCCGCGGUGUUGGGACAAGACUGGGACCCGCUGAGGAUCGGGGAGGGGACAGACACCAUCUCAUUUGCUGUGGUCCACUGGUGUGUCGAGGAACCGGCCUGAGAAGUUCUGGGGACAUUCGAGGUUUCCCACAGCAGAGUCACAAGGAGGGUACACACUGGCGGGGGCAGUGACCCCGAGAUUUCAUCCACAGAACCUGAUUCCUACAGAACGAAAGCAAGCAAACGGGCGAAAUUCUCAGUAGCCUAGAAUCUUCAGGGAAAGUGCUGCCCCAAAUUACAGAGUGUCUUCAUCCAGAUGAAUUUGUCUCAAGAUGUAAUUAUUUCCACCAUUUUGGAAGGAAGUCAUUCUCCUGAGUCUUUGAAGGCAGAGCUGUGUCUUGCUCUCUGUCACCCCUGGUGCCCAGCUGUGAUGCUGUGACGGCUGUUCCCCAACGUCUCCUUGUCUUUUCUUCCUUCUAACAGGACCUCUGUAUUGUUGGGAGCCAUAGUAAAAACCCACAUUUCCCAUUCUCCUUGCACAUGGAGGCAGCCAAUAAGAUGUAAACAAAAUUGGGUAAAGCUUCCAUUUAAGCUGUGAAAGAGGUUGAGUCAGAUGGAAAGUACGCCUUUCUUUUUUUUUUUUUUUUUUUUUGCCAUUUCCCCUUCCUUCUCCCUGCUGACUGGAAUUUAGAUGUGAUGACUGGAACUGCAGCAGCCAUCCUGUGAUCAUGAGGUGACUUUGAGACUGGACGCAACAUGCUAAGGAUGGUGAAGCAGAAAGAUAGAGGGUUACUAAUGAAAUCUAGAAGCCACCAUACCUAUCCUGGACUCCUCACCUCUGGGUUUCCUGUUAUGUGAGAGAAAAAUAUCCCCUACAGCUUGUUGAAACCACUCUUAUUUGAGGCCCUAUAACUGGCAGCCAAAAACAAUAGCUAACUAAUAUGCUAACAAAGAGCCUGGCCCGGAGCAGGGGCUGUUGGGAGACUGGAUGAACGCAUGGUAUGGUCCACAAUAAGCCCUGAAGACCUGGAGGUGUGCCAGACCAUUUGUCUUCCCACGUGCUGGCUGGGAUUUCUGUGCCGACUUCCCGUUUACCACCCUUCCUUUUAGAACCUUUCUGCUGCCAGGUGUCCCUCCUCUAACCGUUUCUAGUUUGUUCCUUCUGAUCUGCUGUUAGUUUAGAAACCUAGUGUCUGAGCUUGUUGGGGUUGGGUGUUGAGUAAGAGCAUGUGGGCUGGGAGUGGGAGGCUGGAGGCUUGCCCCUGAGUGUGGGUGGGUGACAGGCUUUGGUGGGGGAACCCUCCUCCACGUGUUUUGGCUGCUCAGAGCCUUUUUACUCACCCCCAGUUUGUGCCACGUUUUAAACAAGCCAGUCUGCUGCAGAGCUCGCCCUGAAAGGUGGGAACUCUGAGAACCGGGGGCGGGGAGGGGAGGCGACCUUAGGUGAUCCGCUGUAACUGCUGCUGGCCCUGGAGUAGCAAAGACACGAGAUGGCCAGUGGGGUUCUCGUGGUCCUUCCACUUCCGCUCAGGCGCUCUGCUGUCCUGGGGCUCUGGCUUCCUGGCUCCCAGAUCCAGGUUCUCGGGUCGGCUCUUUCCUUUCAGCUCCGAGGUCCCAUCUUCCGUGCUCGCCCGGUGCGAUGGCGUGGACACCUUUCUCCGGAGCCCCAGGGCGGCCCAGCGAUGUUGAGGGUCUCCUGCCAGAGACGCAGGGCGUCUGAUCUCACCGGGAGGGCCGCACGGGUCUGAGGAGGAGUCUAGACCCGCUUAUGUGUCACCAUCAGGAGCCAUCGGAUGAUCAGCUGGGUCGGCUCUGGACCCAGAUCCAAGUUCUAACAAGGCCGGGUGACGCCAACCAGUGAGGGUUUUGAGGCCUUUUCUCUUCGUCUCCUUUAAAGAGGUGCGAUCGAGACAGUCUUUCCAAAGAAAAUUCAAGUGCAUGGAGGCAUAUAGCAAGCAGCCGAAGACGAGGAAGGAGGAGGAUAAAGAGUGAGUGAGGCAGAUACGGAAGACUGAAGGGAAUGCUUCCCGACUGGAAGCGCCGUGUGGCCUCAUGUCGGUCACGCUUCCACUGACCCUUCAUUUCCGAUUCAGCCACAAGGACGCACGUAGGAAAGACGUGGGAGCACGAGAGAGAGGACCAUGCGGAGGGCAGCCUGGGCUCAGGGGACCCGGGCGAGCGCCAAGGAGGCCUUUGGUGCCUUCGCGACCAAGCUGCACUGCGGCCUUGUCGGGAGCGGCCUCAGUUUCCCUACAGAGCACAGCACAGCGGUGCCGGAGCCUGGCGCUCGAGAGCCGCGUGCAGGCCUCACCCCAGCGCGCGUGUCACUGCUCCGCGUUUACGCGGCCCUGCGCUGCUGGGUCCUGGAUGCCGACGCUCCACGCGGACGUGGGCGGCGUCAGAGCGGAGGCUCCAGCGCGAGGGAGGAGCCCCAGGAGCCGGACCGGCUGAGGCACAGGGUUAGGGUCAGGGUCAGGGUCAGGGUCGAGUUAGGGUUAGGGUCAGGAUCAGGGUCAGGGUUAGGGUUAGGGUAGGGUCUGCCGAGCACCCGGGACGGGGCCGGGCGGUCCGGUGCGAGCUGUCAGGGACAGGAGGCCGGCUGCUCAGCGGAAGGAGAGGAGCCUACAGCUGGCCCUGGGUGGGAAACACCUAACAUGGCCGUCUCCCUGCGGGGCCUUAGUCGGGCGCCAGGCUGCUCUGCGCCACCCGCCCGCCUCGCGUGGUUCCCUCGCGCCUGCGCCCUGGGGUCCAGCCCUCGGACUGGGUGCAGCCUCUGUGCAGGAGGAGCUGCGCAGUUUCCUCAGUAUACUUCAUUUAAUUACAGGCUGGCGCCUCCUUUGUGUUUGUUUCACUCAAAAUUUUUUAAGUUACAAAGGUUUUACACGUUUGUUGCAAAACUCUUACAAUACAGCGGAGAGGACGGCGCCCCCCCCCCCCCCCCAUCCCCCGUUUCCCCGCGUGGAGUCGACCCUCCGAGUCGGGACGCGCACGGUCACACUUUUUCCUGCGCGGGCACAUGCGACACAAGGGGAUGACGCUGGAUGCAGGUUUCUCAUCCGCAACUUGUAGAAUACCCGAUACAUCGUGGUCUCUCCAAGUCGAUACACAUUUAUUUAACUCAUUCCUUUCAGUCGGCGCCAUCGUAUUCUGUUGUGUGGAUGUUUGAUAAUUUGUCGAGUAAUUCUUUACUGAAAAGCAUUUGCACUGUUCACAAAAUUCCACUAUUACAAAAAAAGAAAAUGCCGCGAUGAACGGUGGCCGUUUCCGGAGAUGCAGUCCCGGCGCGCAGACGCCGGAUCGGAGGGCGUCGCAUCCGUUACCGGUCCACAGUCCUGUGCUCUUAGUGUAAUAAACGAGCUUAAGGCCUAACCCGCCUGAGGGCCCCCGUCCGGGCCGGGCCGUCCUUCCCGGCUCCAGACGUCCCCCAGCGUGGCCCCGCCCGGGCGGGUGUGUCCACCCCCGCUGCCCCGCAGCCUGGGGACCUGCUCUCUGAUGAGGAUGUUCCCUCCUGUUCUCUGGCCUAAGGUGAGGCCGUUCUUGGCUUACGUGGCAUUUACCGUUGAGUAGAAUUCCGAGACUCUUUUCAGGCAAAGUCUUCCCUUCAUAGAAGCUGCUGCCUGGAAGGUUUUGGGCAGUUUUGAAUUUUUAUUAAGAAUCCGGCGAUUGCCCCAGAGAUUUCUCCAUCCCACGCGGUACCAUUGCUGAUUGCUUCCAGAAAGGGAACCAGGAGAGUCUGGCGGUCGGCGCACAGCCGUUGCUGGCCCAAGCGCUGCGGUCUCUGCAGUCGGGCAUCUCCCCGGAAGGACGGGACCUUCGGCGGGUGAUGGAUGAGCAGAGCCUAAGGCGAAGCCCCAGGGACAAGAGCACGGGGCCGUGGAGCCAUCAGAGCAGACACUGCCCGACCAAGAGCGUCUGGGAGUCCGUGGGGACAGUGUCCCCCCCCCCCCCCCCCACCAGGCUCUCCCGGCUGCGGCUGCGACUGCAGCUACCGUGCGCUGUUCACUGACGGUUGGCUUCUGGCCCCUUCCCAGCCUCAAAUAAACAAAGAUGGUUUAUCCUGGGCACGUGGGAGUUUCCCUCUGUAAACGGAAAUUGUAGAGAUGGGAGUGUGAUGGAGCUGGUGUCUGGGCAGGGGUGAGCCGGCUGCAUACCCACAGCAGACUCUCCCCCAGCACCCGACCUCUGACAGGGUGUGACGCAGGGAGUGGAAGGUGUCUGGGAACGAGUCAUCCCCCUUCACCCUCUGGAACGUUCUGUCUCCCCCUCACCAAGAGCAUGGUGCCCCACACGUCUGCUGUGACUCAGCUGAAGCUGUUGGAUGACGUGACCCUCCGUGUAGCUCCACUGGAGGGUCCCUCUAAUUCCGCAUGUGUGCAUGCACACAUGUAAUAGAGGUGAGAGUGUGGACCAGCAGUGUCCAGAGCUCUUUCUGUGAUCAUGGGGGCAGUCUACAAUCUGUGCUGUCCAGGACGGCAGCCGCCAGCCGCCUGUGGCUGUGGAGCGCUUGAGGUGUGGCCAGUGUGACGAGGCACUGAGUGUUCACUGCACUUAAUUUUAGUGAAUUUUGAUUCAAGUGGCCACAUGGCUGGUGGCCGCCGUCCUGGACGGGGCUCCACGCCCCAGAGCUGCAGUUUCGCCUCAUUUAGGCACCUGCUCACUCUCUGCCCAGCUCGUUUGUUCCACAGAGGGUCUCAGCGCCCGGCAUGUGCUGGGCUGCGGCCCCAGAGCGUCCGGGCCGUGGGGCAAAGGCCCAUCGUGGAGCCGGCUGUGGUGCCGUGUGCACAGUGCAGGAACAGGGCUGCACACGACGCAGCGUUCAGAAGGCAUGCGAAGCUGUCUGAAGGGCCUCGCAGAACAGGUGGUGCUGAACCGUGUCUUCAUACCAUUAUUUCUGAAAUCCUGGGUCUCGGCACUUGUCUUUAGAGCAGACCUGGAAGUUCCAGCUCUAGCUGAGCCUCAAUUUUACCUUCCAGAGUGGCUUUUCAUCAGGUCCUGGCAAGCACACGCACAGAAACACUCUUCUCUCUUUUGGUAUCAUCGACAAAUCCCUUAAUCCGCCAGCUGAUCCCGAGAGGAAAUGGACUUUCGGCAGAGAUGGGCAUUCCUACGAGUCACGACAGCCAUCUAGUCAGUGAUGUUUCAACCAAUAAGAAAA